CCAAACAAGCCCACCAAGACUGUGAUCGCCGCCCCACCCAAGGCGGCCUUCACCACCAAACAAAAGCCUCCCAUCCAUUCCAGGCUAAUCCAGUGACCCCACUGUCUUCGAUCAUCUGGGGCAGAAAGUCACCCCCUGGUCACUCCACCACCCUCCCUCGUCGCUAGGUGGUUGCUCUCGACACUUCUUUCCACCGACCGACAACUUCACCUGCUGCUUUCUCCAUCCAUCCAACAAUCUCACCUCGCCAACAAAACGAAACGACACCGACUGCAGCUUGACUUUCGUUGCGCGCGCACCUUAUAUUCACCUUCUUUGGCCAACAUUCUCCUCGAUACGGCACUUUUUGAUUGCAACAACCCACAGCUUGUUUCCAAACAUGUCAACCAUCAUGGCAUCGUCACCUACACACACUCCGCCGCCCUCUACGGUCCCGCGGCCAAAGGGUAUUCUCAAGAACUCCUACCGUAAUUCUCCGCCCGCGGGCCCAACUUCCCCCCUCGACACCCACCACCAUGAUGCGGCUCACCCUCCGCCACUUAUCCACAUGCCCUCUUCCGCCAAGGAGGCCAAAGAAAUCACCAUCAUGAACACUCAGAUCAAUGCCGGACCCCGCCGCUCCUCGUCUGUCGCCGGAUCGCGGCCUGGCCUCAGUGGUUCUCGCCGUUCGACAACGCCCAGCCACCACGGCGACGAAGACUCGACGGAGCAAGGCCAGCGCCUCAAGUGGGACGAGGCGAACCUCUACCUCACGGAGCAAGAGCGGUCCAGCACCAUGAAGAUUGACGAGCCCAAGACGCCCUAUGCCAAGCACUACGACCCCGCCGAGGACCCAUCGGACGACGACGAGGAAGUCCCAGAAGCCAUCGACCCUAACAAGAUCGACAUGGAUCGCGUGGAUGGCCUGUCGCCUCUUCCUAGGCAGAACAAGCGCAGGCAGGGCAACAUUGACGACGAGAUCCCUGGCCUCUCGCUCGGCGAGCCUGAGGAGGCGGUGCCUGAGGCCGGCUUCCCUUUUGGCAAGGGCGCUACUGCCCAUUCCGAAGAUGGCGGCUCCCCCAAGCGUCCUAGAGCUGUGCACGUUGAUAGCAAUGGCAGCGGCCAUGAUCCCGAUGAUGAACUGGUCGGCCUCAGCGCCGAAGAGAGAGAGAAGCAUCGCAAGUUUGAGGAGAUGCGCAAGAAGCACUACGAGAUGAAGAGCGUGGCGUCGCUACUUGGUCACCCUGAGAAUCUAGAAGAUGAGGACGAAGAUGAGGAUGAGGAGAUCCCUGAGGUGCCGGCUCUCCCGACAAGGUCCAAUGGAUCGUCGUAGGAGGUGGACUCUGAGGGCAGGAAUCGCCAUCUCGUCUCGGGCAUGGUAGUUACGGUGAUGCGAGUCCUAUCAGCAAGAAAGAUGGACAUGGAGGCUAGGAGGUUAUGACGGCGUGCGUUGCUAAAAGUGCGAUAGUGGCGGACGAUCUCAACAUAGUUACGGGCGAAGGUGCGCCUGGGUAGGAGUAGGAUGGGAAUGGAGGUUUGCUUUUAUAUUUUGGGACGGUUCAUGUAUAUGGUUGAGGUGAUGACUGGACAGUCCCUAUUUCAUUUUCUACGGCUCGCUUUUGUUAUCAAAGGGAAAGGGUUGGUGAUGGUAUACCCUAUAUCGGUCAGCGGUAACCGAUGCGAUUGGCGUCUGCAUUUCGAGCUAUGAAAGCGAAGCAUCAAUGUAUUUCUUUUUUUUUUUUCUCUUCUUACGAACUUUAUUCGAUUAUGGUUUUACCGUAUGUUACA